GGAACCGACUGAGUGAGCAGCGUGAAACGCGUGUAAACGGAUGAAAAUACGCACAAACAAACGAAGAAAAAAAGAAAAAAACAAGGAGGCGGUCGAGUCAAUCAGCGCGGCUUGAGCUGACAGCUGUGAGGUGACGGCGGGACUGAGUCUCUGCUGCGUUUGGAGCCUGAGUCAGAGAGGAGGAGAAAAGAGCCAGGGCAGCAGGAGAGAGGGAAGAAGGACGCAGUGUGGGCGGGUUAAGAAGCGCGGAGAGGGAGGGCACAUCAGCGUAACAUUCCCACCGCUUUUCUUCCUCCUGCCGAGUGGGAAAAACAAGGACGUCCGCCGCUCUCCUUUUCCUCCCCACAUUUCAUCCCUGAUAACCCCACCUGAGCGUCCUUUCUCGAACAGCAUCCGGCCGCUUCCGUCUCCAUCCACCCGCACCUCGGAGGCUAAGCCCUGGGUUUGUUGUCAGCCUCCGGGAGCCGAGCUGAUCUGAACCGAACCGAACCGAGUGUCAGGGGCGUGAGAGGCGGAUGCUGCGAGCGUAGAGGCAGGGUACCAACCAGGAGCAUCACCGCACUCAGAACGAUGGACAGAAUGAAUUUUCUCUCCUUCCUCCUCCUUUGCUUAACUUCGGUUGCCAAUUGCAACAAAGCCAAUAAGCACAAGCCAUGGAUCGAGACAGAGUACCAGGGGAUUGUCAUGGAGAACGACAACACCGUGCUGCUCAAUCCCCCUCUCUUCGCCCUGGACAAAGACGCUCCGCUUCACUACGCUGGUGAAAUCUGUGGCUUCCGGGUUCACAAUGGCCCCUCGGGCUCCGGUUCCGUCCAGUUUGAAGCUGUGGUUCUGGACCGCUCCACCGGCGAGGGUCUGGUCCGGUCCAAAGAGCCGCUGGACUGUGAGAGCCAGCGGGAGCACAGCUUCACCAUCCAGGCCUACGACUGUGGAGAGGGACCCGAUGGCGUCAACAGCAAGAAAUCACACAAGGCCACGGUUCAUGUUCGUGUGAACGACGUCAACGAGUUUUCCCCAGUGUUUGUGGAGCGUCGCUACGAGGCUUCGGUCCCGGAGGGCCGUCUGUUUGACAGGAUCGUGCGGGUCGAGGCGCUGGAUGCCGACUGCUCCCCGCAGUACAGCCAGAUCUGCUUCUAUGACAUCAUCACUCCCAACGUGCCCUUCGCUAUCGACAACGACGGUAACAUUAAGAACACGGAGCCUCUGGAUUCGAAGCGGCAGCGUGUUCACACCUUCUGGGUGACCGCCUUCGACUGUGGGAAGAAUCGCGCUCAGGCUGAUGCCCAGGUUGUCGUCACAGUCAAGCCGUCCUGCAAACCCGGCUGGAUCGGAUGGACAAAACGUGUGGAGUACACACCUGGGUCAGGCAGCAUCCCCCUGUUCCCCAGCCUGCAUCUGGAGACCUGCGAAGAAACGGUGUGGAACAUCCAGGCCACCGUAGAACUUCAAACCGGCCAUAUUGGGAAGGGCUGUGACAGAGACAGCUACUCUGACCGUUCUGUUCGGCGACUGUGUGGUGCUGUCAGGGGUGAAGUCGAUCUUCUCCCACCUCCAUCUCCAGCAGCCAACUGGACCUCGGCUCUCCCCACUCUUCCUUCUUCCGAUUCUUCUCUGGUCUUCUCCUUCAACGGGUCGAAUCAUGUGGCGGUGGUUCCUGACUCAGUUGUGUCCGCUCUGUCGGGCGACCACUUCACCCUGCAGCUGUGGAUGCGUCGGGGCGGCGCCAACAUCCAGCCUUCAGCCACUCAGUCCAGAGGAAAUCGCAAAGAGGAGGAGACUAUUGUGUGCAGCACCGUAAAGAACGAUGACUCCUACUCCCAUUAUUCGCUCUCCGUCCACGGCUGCCGCCUCUCCCUCUUCUACUGGCCCGAUGUCUCGGCCGCACGGCCCGUCAAGUUCCUCUGGAAGCUGGAGCAGGUGUGUGACAGCGAAUGGCAUCAUCUGUCCCUCAGUGUCCAGUUCCCAUCAGUGACGCUGUAUGUGGACGGCGUCACCUUUGACCCUGCCCUCAUCCAUGACAACGGUGCCAUCCCGAACCCUGCGCCCCGUCAGAGGAUGCUCAUCGGUGCUUGCUGGGAACCCGAAGAGAAGCAGAAGGAGAUACUAAACAACACAAUCCCAGAGGGAAAAGACUCAGUGAAGUUUGUGGGUGGUUACCAUGGCCUGCUGUCAGGGGUGACGGUGCGUCCUGGCAGCGUGGAGCCGCACAGCGUGGUGGAGUGCUUGUACGCCUGCAGGGAGGGGCUGGACUUCGGAGACCUGGAGACUCUGGGUUCUGGGAUGAAGGUCCAUGUGAACCCCAGUCAGUCGGUCCUGGUGCUGGAGGGAGACGACAUCGAGAGCUUCAACCGAGCCGUUCAGCAGGUCACCUACAGAAACUCGCUUCGCUUCGCCACCCCUGGAGUCCGACCUCUCAAACUCACCACUUCCCUCAGGUGUUUCAAUGAGGAAAGCUGCCUGUCACUGAAACAGCUGGAGGGAUACCUGGUGGUUCUCCAGCCUGAUGCCCCUCAGAUCUCUCUGUCCGGGGUUGGCCCACAUCUGGCCCGUCCGGCGCCUGAGUUUGAAGGACCCCGCGGUGUCCCCCUCUUCCCUGAGCUGCGGAUCGUCUGCUCACUGUCACAUGCUGUCAACACAGCUGCACAGGGCAUGGAGGGCGGAGCCCUGAUGUCGGAUGCUGUGGCUCACACUUUGGACGGAUGUGAGGUGCAGCCGCUGGGAGAGGAGCUGAAUCCAGAGCGGGAGGAGCUUCUGGUAGACAUGGACGUUGUGCGAGAGCGAGGACUGGAUAUCAUCAAUACCACCGCUUACAUCGCAAUUACAGGUGCUGAAUCCAUCUCUGUGUACGAGGACGUCCUCCGCUCAGUCCGGUACCGCCUGGCCAGAGGCUCUGGCCGCUUUGAGAGGCGGUUCCGCCUGUCGUGCUCCGAGAUGAAUGGCAGAUACACAAGCAAUGAGUUGACUCUGGAGGUGAACUUUCUUCACUCUUUGGAAAGCCUAUACCACCCUUCCCACCUGCUGGCCUCACAGCAGCAGUUCCUCCAUCCAUCUCAUCAUUCUGGAGAGCUGAGUGGACACACCUUGCCGAAUCCACAUCGCAACUCAGUGGUUCCAGGAGCAGCCACCGUCAUCAUUAUGGUCUGUGUGGGCUUCCUGGUUGUCAUGGUGAUCCUCGGUGUCUUCCGAAUUCGCUCGAUCCAUCGUCGGGGUGAAGGCUCCAGGGGCGGGGCUAAAGAGGGCAGCAACCAAUGGGACGACUCGGCGCUCACCAUCAUCGUCAACCCAAUGGAGUCCUACGAAUCCCGUAUGGGCAUUUCUGCCGACACAGAGGGCGAUGGAGAGGAGGAGGAAGAGGAGGCAGCGGAGUCACCUGACGACGCAAGUGAUGACCAGCGGAUCAUCAUCAAGAAGGAGGGCAGAGACGGAAACGCCCGCCGCUACUGAGCCGUAUCUCUCCAUAAAUCAGCUCCCCAGUCACACACUCCGACACUUUUAAUAUCAAACUGACUCCACUAGUAUAAGGAAUGUAUGCUUACAAACACUUCGCACAACACAAUCACCAUAAUACUCUCGACGCUCAAACGCCAUAUGUGACCUAUAGCCGACAACUGGCUGCUGUUCUCCACUUAAAUGUUCAAUGGCACAAUGUGUACAGUUAAUGUAAUUUACCCGCCUAAACAAACCCCCUCCACCAGAAUCGUUUGUGGUGCACUCGUUCUAACGCAGAAAUUGGUGUCUGUAUAGUGUAACCCUGGUUGAAAGGGACUGUUUAAUCAUCAAGAAAAAUAUUGAUUGUAUUCUAUCCUUUGUUAAUGACAAGAAUGAAGCAAAAUGUCAGUUGCACCAAGGUUUUGAGUCAAUCCUUAAGCAAAGACACAAUCCUUGAUCCCGACACAUCGUUGAGCCUCUUUGUGAGACUCAGAAAGUCUGUGCACAAGCUCUGCUCUCCCUCGCUGCGUCGUCUCCUCUAACCACAGACUGAAGGCAGUGAGAUUAGACGCACUCAGCUAUUCAAAAGAAACACCUCUAUGUCCUUGCAAUUUUAUUUCCAUUCAUGUAAUAAAGUGGAUCUCUAAGGUGCACACACUCCUGUUAAAAUACAUUUCAAAACUUUUUCUACCACCAAAGACAUUUAAGCUGUGAAAUUCAACUGAAAAAGAAACAAGAAAGAUGCAAUAAUCUCACUAGAUAACUCUGGUUCCUCGUAUCUAACGUAUCCUAGAAGCAUCUUUUAAUCUCAGCAUUCAGUUCUUAGUUUAUCAGUGAAGUGCUUUCUGUGAUGCUGAGAAAUAAAAUCCAUCUUGAUCUUCAGCUUUUCAUGAAGAUUUGGGGUCAGAGCUUACUGCCAUUUGGAAGAGUUUUAAAGAAAUUGUCAGUUUCUCUAGAUGAAAACCCCACAGCAUUAUGCUGCCUCCACUUGAGAUGGGUGGAGUACUCAAAUAUUGUACUCAAGUAAGAGUAGCACUACUUCAACAUAUUUACUCCAGAAAAAGUAAAAAAGUAGCAAGAAGCUACUCAAGACUAAAAAGGUAUUUGGUAAAAAUGCUACUCAAGUACUGAGUAUCAUUUUUGCAUUUGAUAUGUAAAAAUUACAUCAGCAAAUGGACCAAAAUAUAAAGUUAUGUGUAAAUUUUGGAUCAAAAUGAAAAUAAUUCUAAUGAAUAUGAUUACAAAAUAACAAAAUCAGUCGAAAUUUAUUUACGGUAAUUGAAUAUAAACUUUAACAAAAACUGCAGGUCUGUGUCUGGUGAAUGUUUGGUUGAAGUUACUCACAUUUGCUUGAGUAUCCAAACAUUUCACUCAAGUAAGGGUAAAAAAUAGAGCAUAGUAAAAAUACUCCUAAAAGUACAUUUUGUUCCAAAAAGUUACUCGAGUAAAUGUAACUAGUUACUACCUAACUCUGGCCACCAGUGAGAUGCUUUAUAAAAUACAAACUGUGGCUGUAACUAAGAAAUAAAAACAUCUUUCUAUUUUUGAUUUAUUUCUGGUUAAUGAGAGCCACUGUAAUUGAGGACAUGUGCGUUAAAACCUGAAAUUGAAGCAAAAAAAAAAAGCGUUUGUUUCAUGGUGUAGUAAUAAAAAACCACAUUACUGUGGCUUUGUUGAAUUUACAGAAUAAAUGUCACAUUAGAGGAGAAGAAUAAUCUGAAUUAUUAUGUUUUUUUAGGAGGGGAUCUUCACCUUUGAGAUCCAGUGUAAGACUGGUUUACUUUGCAGUAUUCUGUAUUGAUCUCCUGAUAACCAACCGCAGACCUCAACAUCCAACACAAGCGCUUCUGCUGCAAUACUCCAAAAUAAAAGCUCAAAUAUUGACGUUGUCAAAGUUUCAGCUUCAAACUGGAGUCUUUGCAGCGCUGCAGCUUGUGCCACAAAAUAAGAAAACAGCACUUGGCCUCUCUGACCUCCCUAUAAAUGACUCUCAUGUCACUGUUUCACUCGCUACUCUAUACUGCAAACACACACAAACACACACAAGCACCAUCCAUGACCCCCACGACCCCUGCUGUUUCCAGAAUGUCCGCUCAGCUUGGGCAGUUUUGAUUGUAUCGAUUGUAAUUAAUUUUUCUGUACAAACAACAAUGACUAUUGCGAUAUUAUUGUUAUUGCUGUUGUUCUUAUCAAUGCAUUCACUCUUUCUCUUUUACUGCACAUUUCUGAGAGGGAGCAGAUUAUGAUUUAUUUUUCCAUUUAAGGAGUCACCUUUCCAGGAUCAGAAAAUAGUAUAAAGAUGAUAGCUAUAAUAAAGAGUAGUAUUAGUGAUAAGGAUGAUCAUCUUUGGCUUGAUGAGUGUAUCCUAAUUUGUGUGUAAUAUUGUUGUAAUUUAAGAAUUUGCAUCACCAAAAAAAAAAGGAGGGCACAUUGUUGUGAUAUUUCAAAAUGUCUUGCUCGUUUUCUUUCAUCGGGGGAUUUUAUUUUUUGUCCACAUUUAAAAAUAAAUUAUUUGUUUUUGUGUGUGUGUGUGUUGCUUUUGUUAUUUUUCUGUUUCCUUCCCGUUUCAUCUGUCGUCUUUGGUUCAGUGAAUGUACAACCGUGUGCUUCUCCUCAGCUUCCCCUCCCUCCCAGCCUUCCUCCCCUCACCUCUCCCUCCGUGUCUCUUGCUGUCUGUCUGUGUAGCCUAUUAAUGUGCAGUGCUAUAAGGCUCUCAGUGAAAAAAAAAUAAGGCCUGUUGUUUUCAAGUGUCACAUUAAGAAGGAAUAAAAAUUGCGUUGGUUAAAAACUUACAUUAUUACUAUGUUGCUAUUUGAACAUUACCUGUAAUUAAUGAUAUAAUGCCAACAUGGAUUAUGCUGAGUAAUUGUUAUUGAAAAGUGUCAGAAAACAUUGCAAAAUUCAUAAUAAAAACACUAUAUGACGUC